AGCACAUGGCCGCCCAGAGUGUUUACAACUUCUCGUAAUGAGAUGGUGAAGAGAAACAAAGUCCCGGUGCAGGAAGACGUUGAUUAAUUUUGUGUGUUUGGGCCUUGUCUGUGGCUUUUGGUGAAACUCUGAUACUGCGGGGAGAAAAGGCUUUUUUUGGGGGGGGUGCCAAACCAAGAGCACAACUAAAGGCCAGGCAAGCCACAACACAGGCUGGUGGGUGCUGUGAUGUCCUCGUACCCCAACAGACUCAAACAUCCACACUGCAGGAGGAAGCACUACCCAAGUAGCACUUACCUCACCCACGUCUGACAGCCGACCACUGGACACCGGGAACUUGAAAGCUGGGUGGAGGGCUUGACGGGAGAGAGUGGGUAAACAAAGAGAGAUGUCAGACUCUGCAGGAGGUGGUGGAGGCGGAGGCGGUGCCGGUGCCGGUGUAGGGCAGGACUCGGAAGCAGAUAAUGAGCCCCCUCAACAGCCCCCACCUUUACUCCCUGGAGAUGCAGGAGAGACCUCAGAGGAAGGGCCCCCAUCAUCUGCCAAACGGCCAAGGAUGAGUGAGGAGAACGUGGGGCCUGAACAGGUUGUGGAGCCUGUUCAGAGGCAUGAAGAAAUACCAGCAGAGGCUGGCGUGCUGCAGGGAAGUCCAGCUCAAACAGCACAGGGAGACCUGCUGCAGGGUGAGGUGGAAAGCCAAAAUGGGAAAGAUGUAACAGUUGUUGGAGAUGAAGAAGAAUGCCAUCAAAAUGGAGAUGAAGGGCAUCAUGCUUCCUUAGAAGGAGAAACAAAACCAGAGGCACACAAUGGUGACGGAUCUGCGGACAGCCCCAGUGACGGACAGCACCUCGGCUUAGAUUUUACCCAGAACCCCCAAGUGCUGACUGGUUCCUGGACUGAGUACUCCAACCUGCCAGAGAACUACCUGAAAGGCUGCAAAUGGGCUCCCGAUGGUUCUUGCAUCCUGACAAACAGUGCAGACAACGUCCUCCGUGUGUACAACCUCCCUCCAGAGAUUUACAGCUACAGCUGGGACUUGCUUCCUGAGAUGAGUCCAGUGCUGCGAAUGGCUGAAGGAGACACCAUCUACGACUACUGCUGGUACCCCAAGAUGAACUCGCUGGAGCCGGACACGUGCUUCCUAGCCAGCAGUAGCCGUGACAACCCUGUCCACGUGUGGGAUGCAUUUUACGGGGAGGUGCGAGCCAGUUUCCGACCCUACAAUCACCUGGAUGAGCUGACGGCAGCUCAUUCGCUGUGCUUCUGUCCAGAUGGAACGCAGCUCUACUGCGGCUUUGACAAAAUGGUCAGGGUCUUCUACACCGAGCGGCCUGGAAGAGACUGCGAGGAGAGACCCACCAUAGUGAAAAAGCAAGGCCAGAGUGGCAUCAUCUCCUGCUUUGGCUUCAGCCCUUGCCAAUCUGUUUACGCCUGUGGCUCUUACUCCCGCUGCGCUGGCCUCUACUCCUGCCAAGACGGCACCCUGCUGGCUCUGCUGCCGACCCGUCACCACGGAGGUCUCACCCAUCUGCUCUUCUCCCCUGAUGGCAACUACCUGUACACCGGCGGCCGCAAGGAUCCAGAAAUCCUGUGCUGGGACCUGAGAGAGCCAGGGAAAGUUGUGUUUUCUCUUAAAAGGAACGUGGCCACUAAUCAGCGCAUCUACUUUGACCUUGACCAGUCCGGCAGGUACCUGCUGAGUGGAGACACAGAGGGAGUGGUGUCAGUAUGGGACACCCAGACAGCGCCUCCUGAUGGUAAUGAAGAGCUACUGCAGCCUCAGCUGAGGUUUCAGGCCUACUGGGACUGCACCAAUGGCAUCAGUAUUCAUCCCUUCAUGCCGCUGUUGGCAACAUCCAGCGGGCAGCGGCAGUUCCUGUGGCCUGGUGACAGCGAGGGUGACUCGGCCUCCGACACAGAGGGGAGCGGAGCCGUGCUGUCGCAGCAGAACACCCGGCAGGACAACGCCCUGACCCUGUGGUGGGCGGGACCACUUAGCCCUGCUGCUGAGGGGAGUCGAGACCAGAGCACAACGGCAGCGGAGGCCUGAAGAUCUGUCACUUCAGCCAGCUGACACAAAUUGAGUUACACAUGCCGUGUGAUGUCUAUUUCAGGAUGUUUGCUGUGCAUAAAGCUGAUUCUGAGUUCUUUCAAAGCCAAAAGGAGGUUCUUUAAAGCCUUAAUGCUGAGAUAAGAGGUGGGUUUUUAGGGUCAGUUUUUUUUUGUUUUUUUUUUAAACCCAUCAUGAUCAAAUAGAACCAGUCUCUUCUUAAACCUUUACCUUUUUGCUGUUUGUUUUAGUAGAGACUAAAUGUGGUGGAAGUGAAAGCCUUUCGCUGUGUUGUGAAGCAGCUCCGUGUCUGUACUGAUUGCACCUCGGCUCUCAGUUGUAUCAGUGGGAGUGUUUGUUUACGUGUGCGUGUAGCUGUAAUGCUGCCCUGGAGAUUCCUCACUGCUAUAGUUACAGUAAGUGCCAUUUGUUCUUAAGCUUUGCUUUGUAAACUGAUGGGGAUCUCCUGGCUUCUUUUUUUAAAAGUACCAGACGCACCAAGUUGCGUUGCUCUGUGCAUGCCCACAAAUGUAUAUUUUUGUAAAGCCGUGAUGACGAUUCAAUUUUUUUUUUUUUUUUUUUGAAUGUAACUAUAAAGCGAUCUGUGAAAGUCUUUAAUUUAGUGGCUGCUGCUUGAAAUGUGAUUAUUUUUUUUUCCCUUCUACCAGUCGAGGUGCAUUUGUACCUGUGUGAGUGGUGCUAGCAGCUCAGAACACAUUGUGUUUGAAUAAUUGCAUUAAUACUGCAGCCGUUUGCUGAAUGCUUAUGUUGUUACUGGGGUGUGCUUUCCUGUAGUUUCUCCAACCAAAGCCUUGGAUCUUUAGACUGAUUAAAUCGAUCACUUUUUAAA